UACCCAAGGCGGGCCUAGCGGGGUGCCGGAGGAGGGAGCGGGUCUGCACCAUGGCGGCUCUGUUGGCUGGGAGCCGGGUCGGGGCUGCACGUGCGGCUGCCCGCGGAGGCCCGCUAGUCUCCUGUCGGAGGUGGGCCGGUGCCCCGGCAGACACCGUGUACGAUGUGGUGGUGUCAGGUGGAGGCCUGGUGGGCGCCGCCAUGGCCUGUGCCUUGGGAUAUGAUAUUCACUUUCAUGAUAAGAAAAUCCUGUUGCUAGAAGCAGGUCCAAAGAAAGUAUUGGAGAAAUUGCCAGAAACUUACAGCAACAGGGUCAGCUCCAUUUCCCCUGGCUCUGCAACCCUUCUCAGUAGUUUCGGUGCCUGGGACCACAUCUGCAACAUGAGAUACAGAGCCUUUCGGCGAAUGCAGGUGUGGGACGCCUGCUCAGAAGCCCUGAUCAUGUUCGACAAGGAUAACCUGGAUGACAUGGGCUACAUAGUGGAGAACGACGUCAUCAUGCAUGCCCUCACGAAGCAGCUGGAGGCCGUGUCAGACCGAGUGACUGUUCUCUACCGGAGCAAAGCAGUCGGCUAUACCUGGCCUUCUCCAAUUUCCAUGGCAGACUCCAGCCCUUGGGUUCAUAUUACCCUAGGUGAUGGCAGCACCCUCCAGACCAAAUUGUUGAUUGGUGCAGAUGGUCACAACUCAGGAGUACGGCAAGCUGCUGGAAUCCAGAAUGUCAGCUGGGACUACGACCAGUCUGCUGUUGUGGCUACUCUGCAUUUAUCGGAGGUCACAGAAAACAAUGUAGCUUGGCAGAGAUUUCUUCCCUCAGGGCCCAUCGCUCUGCUCCCGUGCCCAAGAACAGAAGUUUUAGCUCUCAGUAUUGAUGGUGUUCUUUUGAGACAGCUCUCAGACACCUUGAGUUCCUUGGUCUGGUCCACAUCCCAUGAGCAUGCAGCAGAGCUGGUCAGCAUGGACGAGGAGAACUUUGUGGAUGCCAUUAACUCCGCCUUUUGGAGUGAUGCUAACCACACAGACUUCGUUGACUCGGCCAGCACCAUGCUGCACUACGCUGUUGCCUUUCUGAAGCCCACUAAGGUCUCAGCUCGCCAGCUGCCGCCAAGCGUAGCCAAGGUGGACGCCAAAAGCCGAGUACUGUUUCCUCUUGGGUUGGGACAUGCUGCUGAGUACGUCCGGCCUCGGCUGGCGCUCAUCGGGGAUGCAGCCCACAGAGUCCAUCCACUGGCAGGACAAGGUGUCAACAUGGGCUUUGGGGAUAUCUCCAGCUUGGUCCAUCACCUUAGAACUGCAGCCUUCGAUGGGAAAGACUUGGGCUCCAUGAGCCACCUCACAGGUUACGAGACAGACCGACAACGUCACAACACUGCUCUUCUGGCUGCUACUGACCUGCUAAAAAGGCUCUAUUCCACCAGUGCUACCCCUCUUGUGCUGCUCAGGACGUGGGGCUUGCAGGCCACAAAUGCAGUGUCUCCACUCAAAGAACAGAUUAUGGCCUUUGCAAGCAAAUGAAUGCUCCUCUUCUGCAGAUUAUAUUGAAGAAAAAUAAACAUCUUUUCCCAAGGCCAUCAGACAGUUUCAAGAUUUAAUUUAAUAAACUGACUUUAUAUUAGCAUUCUCUAGUUUCUUUUUCUCCUUUAUUUAAGGGGUCUGUGGAACCCAAAUAACAAGUGAUAAUUUGCUGUGGGGAGGGUUAUAUAAACCAAGCCAAGAAAAACCCCAAAGGAAGACUAUUAUGAUUUUUGUUGAAAAUAACUUUUUAUUACUAAAACAACUUAAGGUGCUAUAUCAUUCAUUUUCACUUGUUAACAAUCCUUUCUAAAGAGAAGAUCUAUAGUUUUUUUUAAAGGCUGGUCAUAAAUUUAUACAAUUAUCUUUUGAUAAAGAAGAAUUAGAAAUAUUCAAUUGAUGCAUUUUUGUUAGAAUUACUGUUUUAAAAUUAAAAAUAAAUUGCUUUAACCUUUGUUGUAGGUGCACUGGACUUUCUAAAAAGAAAACCAAAUCUUGUUGCUCAUUAUUACUUCCUUAUCACAGCACCGGAUUUCAAUUUUAUUUAUGGUUCCUCUCUGGGACACCAUUGUCUGUUCAGUGACAAAACAAUAAAUAGUUUCAUUGCACAGGUUUGAGAACUUCAGGAGCCAGGUCAAAGGGAAAAUCUGAUUGAUUAGCAGCAGAAUUUGUCAUAUUUGGUUGCGGACUGGUGGCUAAUGGGUGUAGGGGUGCUGUGGGUGUUUGAAGAGCUCACUUCGCAGUACCAGAGAUGCCUCUUGAAGAGAUUUGGCGAUCCAUUAGAUUUGUAUACUGUAAAGAAAAUUUUGUCUGAUUUGUUGAUGAAAUGAGAAGAAACAGUCUGUUUUUGAACCAAGCUAAACUAUUCUGUUUAGUUUAGCUUAGUUAUUGAAGGAAUGAGAAAGAUGUUUCUACAGGGGAGCUUUUCAGGCAAAUGCAGAAAAUUUAUAAGAUACUAGAGUAAAAAGUGAUAGUGUCACAAAUGUUCCUGGAAUCUCCGGAAAGAUGUGCCCAGAAUGAAAGAUGGCAACUACUGUGAAAGUUGUAUGACUACUAGCAGAGUCCAGAAAGGUCACCACUGAAUGGGGAGGGAAAGGUCAUCUUUCACAAAAAUUGGAAAGGUAGCCCAGGAAAGGAGAACAUGGACUCUCC